AUGUCGGACGUAUCGUCAUCCAAUGUCGCGUCUAAUCAAGAAAUUCAGGAAUCAAACAUAACACUCAUUAAAACAAUUAAGAAUUAUCUUGCAAGCAAAGACUAUAAAUUUUAUGUUGUUGCGUCUGCUACAGUGAUACUGGCUGGAAUUGGUCUAUAUUUCUUUUGGACUCCAAAACCUCCAAAAUCAAGAACACAUAAGCCGUCAAAUCGGUCGAAAAGAAAUAAAAUUUCAAAACAGACAGAAAGUAGAGAGACAGAUUCACAUUUUGGUGCAUGCUUGAAUAGAGAGGAGGACGCCGAAGUCGAAGAAUUCGAAAAAUAUUCUACUGAACAAAUCACCGCAUUACCCAGAGAGAAGCGUGUCACGGCUUCAAAACUACUUAAAGAUCGAGGGAACAUCGCAUUUGGACAAAAGAAUUAUCAGAAGGCUAUAAAACUCUAUACCCAAGCGAUUGCCUUUAAUCAAGACGACCCUAUUUUUUAUAGCAAUCGAGCUGCAUGUUAUUAUAACAUAAAUGAAUAUUUAAGGGUUAUAGAUGAUUGUAAUAGCGCGUUGGAGAUGGAUCCUUGUUAUGUUAAAGCUUUAAAUAGGCGUGCGAUGGCAUAUGAACAAACUGCACGUUAUGAAGAAUCAUUGCAUGAUUUUACUGCGGCCUGCAUUAUUGGAGAGUUCAAGAAUGACAAUGCUGCCGCUUCGAUUGAUCGUCUCUUGAAAAAAGUGGCUAGCAUCAAAGCCAAAGAAAUUAUCAAGUAUUCGACCACAGAACCUGUUGAUCAAAACGUUGAAGCCAAUAGUGAACCAGAAAAUACCAACUCUGCUCAAGUUUCUGAUCUAGAUUCAGAAAAUCAUGCAGACAAUUUAUUUGACGCAGCAGAACGGUUCUUAAGACAACAACGGUAUGAAGAAGCCAUGAAUGCAUACGGAAAAGCUAUAAAUCUUGGAUGUACUAAGAUGGCCAAGGCUCUCAAUUUGAGAGGUACCUUCACUAAUUUAAUGGGUGAUUCACGGAGUGCUUUGGCGGAUUUCCAAAGAGCUCUCGACUUAAAACCCGAUUAUGUUCAACUUUAUGUAAAGCGGGCUACCAUUUAUACGGAGCAAGGUGAUAUAGAUGAAGCAUGGAAAGAAUUUGAUAAAGCUAUCAGAAUAGAUCCAAAAGAUCCUGACAUAUAUUAUCACAG